AUGACCCGAACAGACCCACCUGACGUCCUGGUGUCUGCCGUGUAUCAGGACGUCCCCGUGGCCUCCGUGGGCUCCACCCGCUCUGCCUUCUGCCAGCCCACCUGGCGAUGUGACUCCUCCAUGUCUUCGUCCCUGGAGAACCAGCCUGCCCAACACUUCAACAAGAGACACUGUCGCAGCUUCGAUUUCCUGGAGUCUCUCGACGACCCACCGCCUGUGGCUCCCGUCAUGGAGCGGCAUCCCCGGCGGCCCCCCACGCCGGAGCCCUCCUCGGCUCCCGUUGGCAAGAGGGUGUCUCUCCGGGCUGCUCUGCCGGAAAACUACCUUUCCCAGGGGAAGGAGGUGCCAAAGGAACUGGCUUCCCGAGCCGAGCCCAAGAGGCGGCCCCGAUCCAAGAGCGCGCCCCGCGUCAAAUCCACCUUCACCCCUGUGGGUGUCCCCAUGUCUUCGGGCUCCCCACCAGCCCCAGCCAGGAGGGGACGGGAAGUCCAUCGAGUGUCCCGAGAGCCCCAGCGGGCAGAAGCGUCCCCUCGCCGGGAGAGCAGCUACGCCUCCAUGAAAGCCUUGAUGAGCGAGGUGCAUCCCAUCAAGCUGCAGCCUCAGCGGGCCGGCGGCAGCCGCAUUUCGCCUCUCUGUGUCACGGGAGCAAACUGCCCCGAAGAGGCUGCCCUGGCCCCCAGGCCCCCACCGCCCAGCGUGCAUGUCAAGCGUCGGGUGGACAUUAAGCCGGAUGAGGCUGCCGUGCUGCAUGCAGCUCGCAGUGCCAAGGGGUCACAUGGCCACGGUGAGGCUCUCCUGCCCUGGCCUCGACCUCCAGGCACGCCCCAUAGCUUGACCGUGCCCAGCAGCAGGCAAGUGCCCAUGUCUCGCACUCCCACGCCCAGUGAUACUUAUAGUGGGGAACACCGAGGGCUGGCCCCUUACCCCCCUGAAUUUUGUGAUGGAGGUCCUGCUGUGCCCGAAAGUGGCUGCCUUCCUUACAUCCCCUACGUGCCCCCAAAGUUCUUCUACACGGAGGAGCCAGGCAGCUACAAGUCCUACCCUCCUUCUUACGGGGGCCAGGUCCUCCCGCCCCACACCUUUUAUGCAGAAGAGCCUCCCCCAGGGGGCUUCUACCCUCUUCCGGCAAGAACCUUUUUUGUGGAGGAAAACAGGACUCCUUUUCCCAUCCAGGAGGCCCCUGCUCAGGCUUACUAUGGGGACGACCCACGCCUUUACACUCCCAGGACCCUUCCCGCAAAAGCGGUUUACCCUGAAGACCCCAGGCCUUACCCCGCCUUGAGGGCCAACCCACGCAUCUUCUAUACAGAAGACUAUGGGAAAUACCACGAGCGGGAAGCCCUGUCUCGCACUUACCCCCAUUCCCGUGUGGCUCCCUCAGUGCAGUUUAACGACUGGUACUGCUCCGAAAGGGGGACGGUGCCCUACCCAACCUGGCAGAUGGCCCGCUUUCCAGCUCAUCAGCCUGCCUCCCAAGCCAUGCUGUCGUCGUGGCACGCCAGCUAUAGCGUCAGCCCUCCCCGGCUUGGCAUGGACACCAGGCACUACUCCAAAUCCUGGGACAAUAUUUUGACCCCUCACGUGCGCCGGGAAGACCAGCUGCUGCGUGGCCGUAGCUACGAGAACCUGCUGUCGCGGGACCCGCAUCGUGCUUUCUCCCCUGACGACCGGCGUCAGCCAGUGGUGGUGAACCUGUCCAGCUCUCCCAAGCGUUACGCUGCCCUUUCCCUCUCGGAGAAUUCCCUCAUCGAGAAGAUGCACGCUGACCGGGGGCGCCACGGCUGGUUCGUCACACCAGAGAUCACCAUCACAGACAACGACAUCCGAGCCAACAAUGGGCUUGGCAGGCGUGAGAGGCGCUCAGCCAGCUGGGAUGUACUGGAUUCAGGGGAUGCCCGGGACAGGGGCUGCGUCCCACGCCAGCCCUAUGGCCCGGAGCCCCAUGCCGGAGAGAGCGCCGCCCGCCAGCGCAGCCUAGAGCAGUUGGACGAGCUCAUCACCGACCUGGUCAUCGACUACAAGCCCCCUUCCGUUUGCCCACCUGGCCAGGUCAGCAACCUGGCCGAUCAGCUGCGGCAGUUGAUCAGCGAUGGGCUGGGGCUGCCUGCCAAGAAGCCAGAGCCCUGGAGCCCCCUGGAGCCCCAUCCCACCAAAGAGCAGCCCUCGGAGACAGGCCUGGAGGAUUGUUCCCCAGAUCUCAGUGCCGACGAGGACGACCUGAUGAUGUGCUCCAACGCCAAGUGCCGCCGCACGGAGACCAUGUUCAACGCCUGCCUCUACUUCAAGUCCUGCCACAGCUGCUACACCUACUACUGUUCCCGCCACUGCCGGCGGGAGGACUGGGACACCCACAAGGAGAGCUGCAUCUACGGGCGGAUUGGCAGCACCUGCCGCCACGUGCUGCAGUUCUGCCGGGAGAAUGGCGAGGUGCACAAGGCCUUCUCCCGCAUAGCCAAGGUGGGCUUCCUGUCCCGGGGCCGGGGGGUGCUCUUUCUGGGCUUCCCCAGCGCAGGCUCUGCCGAGAACUUCCUGCAGUUUGGCCUGGAAAGCUUGCUGAUGUCCCCCACUUACCUGUCGCUCCGGGAGUUGGAGGGCUAUUCAGACAACCUUGGGGAAUACGCCCAGGAGCUGCAGGAGGCGGGCCAGCAGUACGACCCCCAGGAAUGUUUCCUGCUGAAUGUGACCGUGGCGGUGGGGCAGGAGGUGCCCGACCGCCCACCCCCCAAGGCACAGGUGCCAACCGUCCGCAAGUACGCCAAGAUGGCCUUGGCGUCCUCCAGCCCCGAGAAGAUGAUCCUCAAGAAAGAGCGAGAUAUGGAGACGCUGAUCUUGACGCCUCCUCCCGGCACAGCCGACCUAGACAAGGACGGUGAGGAAGGACGCAAAGCGCGAGAAGUUUGCUUCAUCAACAUCCAGCGCGAACUGCGCAUCCGUGGCGUCUUCCUGCGGCACGAGUUCCCGAAGGUUUACGAGCAGCUGUGUGCAUUUGUGGAGAGCAACCAGCGCUUCACGCCCACCACCAUCUACCCCAUUGACAAGAGGACCGGCAGGCAGUUCAUGUGCAUGAUCCUGGCCGCCUCCGAGCCGCGCACCCUCGACUGGGUGGCCAGUCCCAACCUCCUGGACGACCUCAUGUGA